AUGACUAAGCUGAAGACCAAGAAUCUCCGCGGACAGAAGAAGGAGGCUCUCUCCAAGACCCUCGACGAGCAGAAGACCGAGCUCGCCACCCUCCGUGUCUCCAAGGUCACCGGAGGAGCCGCCUCCAAACUCUCCAAGAUCCGUGUUGUUCGCAAGAACAUCGCCAGAGUUUUGACCGUCAUCAACCAGACCCAAAAGCAAGAGCUCCGCAAGUUCUACUCCGAGCACAAGUACAAGCCAAUCGACCUUCGUUACAAGAAGACCCGCGCUAUCCGCAGAAGAUUGACCGCCCACGAGCAAUCCCUCAAGUCCGCCAAGCAGUUGGCCAAGUCCCGUUACGCCGGAGUCAGAAAGUUCGCUGUCAAGGCUUAA